GCUCUGAAACAAGAAGUCGCCUCCGAGAAAGAUCGUGCUGCGAAGGAAAAUGCGAUGAACAGUGGUACGAAAGAUGAAACUAUCGGAGGCUGUAUGGAGGUUGACAAAAAUCCGUUGCCUCAAGAUGACUUGGAAAUAAGAGGAGAUGCUGAGGAACUGAUCCCAAAAGAAGCAAUCAAAGAAGAAGUAGAUGACGACCUGGAAGAUGCUUCUUACAACUCUAUGGAAAAUGUUUCCGACAACAGUCUGGAAAAUGCAUCUGAUAAUGCUAUGGAAGAUGCUUUAGAGGAUGUUUCUCAGGUUGUUAAAUUCACCAUGAGAACCGAACCUUCUCCACGUGUAUCCAAGCCCCCUAAGUUCAACGGAGCACCUGGAUAUAUUCUGAGAGCUCUGGAUAAAUAUUUCACCGAGGGCGAAGAAUACACGUUUUGGGAAAUUCAAAAUACUGUGUCUGACUUUUGCAAAUCCAUUUCUAUUCACUUGGAAUCAAUUCCUACACCCUGUGCGAUUACUUCAGCUCUGAAAAUGAAAUCUGCCAAAAACAGAACUCGAACAAUGCAAGAAAAUGGCUGGAUUUUGAAAAAACAGGAUGGAUAUAUGAUUACAGAAUUAGGACGGAAAAUGGCGAAAAAACUAAACCAGGAGGCAGCUGCAUACAAGAAGUUCCGCGGAAAUUCGGCCCCUGCCAGGCAGGAGUAGAAUGCAUUGUGCAGAACUGUACAUAAACUCUUCAUCUACUCAUUGUACAUUUACACCAAUAUAGUACUUUGAUUAGAAGUUCAAAAGUUUAUCACCGUAAAAGAAUUAAAAAAAUACUAAAUAUUUUUUUGAAGCGGAGGUGAUUUCUGGAUAUUAUUAAUACUUCAUAUGUUUUUUUUAUAUUAAACCUCUUAAAUGUUAAGCGACAUCUUAUGGUUAAAAGAAAUGAGAAGAAAAUGUGAAUUCCACUCAUUUCUGGUUCUUACUGGCUGGAAAACUGCCAAGUGAUAUUCAAAUAAUGAGAGAGAAAUUAAAAAAGCGAAGAACGGAUUG